GUGUGUUUUCAUGCCCUCGCACACCCGCCACUUGCAGUUGUAUGCACAUCGGCCUACAGUGACGCUCUGUUAAACGUUCUCGUCAUUGUGAGCGCCGCAGAUGAGCAGAAAACCAGGUGCCAACUUCUCGGUCCAGCCGCGAAAUAACCUUGCAUCCGGCGACAAGCCAGAGUUUUCCAAGCCAGAAGAAUCUCGGCGCCCCAGCAAGACAAGAGCCGAACUGCGGAAAAGCUUCUACGACCUGGUCGAGUCAACGACCAUCAGUUAUUCUUCGCCCAGUGCCGAGUCAACCACCAUGGCAAGAUCGCGCUCCAAUUCCUUCAACGACGAUGACCUUGAGAUUCUCAGCUCGCAGGCCGCCAACUUAUCGCUCGGGCCUGGCUCCCAAAUAACACCGCCAAGGCCCGUCGACAGCCCCGAUAACGCUGUUGUGGACCUAACAGACAGUGCAAAUGGCAAGCCCGCGGUUGCGACGCCCACGGCGACCUUUGGCCACCCGACGAAGCUGGUGCCGCGAUUCGGUAAGCCUCAGGACAGCAACCACAUGUUCAUCCAGCGAAAGACGCGGCCAGAGUUUCACAGUGAUCUGUACAGGGGAUCGGGUCCCUUGAAGCCCAAGACCGAGUCCAAGAAAGCGCCGGCGUUGCAGAUGUUUAGCUCUAUGAGCGCCGAGGCACAGCCAGCCUAUCAGUACUCACAGCCCUCACAAUCAGCAUAUGGAGACAAUGUGUUUUACACGGAUCCUGCCAAGGCAUCGGCAGACCUGAAAGCCCUGCUCGAGGGUGGCAUGGACGAUGAAGAGGAGGAGCCCGAACGGGAAAAAACCGAGGGCAGCAAAGCAAAGGAGGAAACCAUCGAGGAUGGUGCACUUGAGGGCAUCAAAGUGAAGCUCCUCCCGCACCAAGUUGAGGGAGUCAAGUGGAUGCGGGGUCGAGAGCUUGGGCCCGUCAAAAAGGGAACAGUGCCCAAAGGCGGCAUCCUGGCGGAUGAUAUGGGUCUCGGCAAGACGCUGCAGAGUAUCUCGCUCAUUGUCUGCAACCCGAUGCCUGGACCGGACGACGAGGGUUGGAAGAAGCACUUUGACCGAGUCAAACCAGCAACGCUGGUGGUUGCACCGCUUGCACUGAUCCGACAAUGGGAGGGUGAAAUCAAAGAGAAGGUGGCCAAGUCCCAUGAGCUCAAGGUCUGCGUCCAUCAUGGUCAACAGCGGACUAAAGACCCCAAGGCCUUGGCCAAGUACGAUGUUGUCAUCACCACCUACCAGACGUUGGUAUCUGAACACGGCAACAGCAACCCAGACCCUACCAGAGGGCCUCAAGUUGGCUGUUUCGGCAUCCACUGGUUCCGCGUCAUACUCGACGAGGCACACAGCAUCAAGAACCGCAACGCCAAAGCCACCAAAGCCUGCUGCGCUCUGCGUUCCGAGUAUCGCUGGUGCCUUACGGGCACUCCCAUGCAGAAUAACCUUGACGAGCUGCAGUCGCUCGUCCACUUUCUCCGCAUCGCUCCUUACGACGACUUGUCCGAGUGGCGAGCCAACAUAGAUGGGCCAAUGAAGCAAGGCAAGGGCCACAUAGCCAUUCGGCGCCUGCACUCCCUGCUUCGCUGCUUCAUGAAGCGACGCACAAAGGAAAUCCUCAAGGAAGAGGGGGCCCUUGUCGCGGGCGGCAAGAAGGCGCUCGACGCGGCUGCUGCGAAGGCUAAAGAAGGGGGGUCGCAGGAAGCCGAAAUGCCCAAGCCUGCCUUCAAGAUCACAGAGCGCAAAGUUGUCACGGUCGAAACUCAGUUCUCGCCAGCCGAGCGGGAGUUUUACGACCGGCUCGAGGAGCGUGCUGACAAGAGCCUCGAGAAGAUGAUGAAGACGAAGAGCAACUACUACGCCAACGCUCUCGUGUUGUUGCUACGCCUGCGCCAGGCAUGCAAUCACCCGCGCCUGUCCGAGACAAAGCUGGAUAAAGACAAGGACGCGCUGGCUACAGACACGGCCGCCCAGCCGAAAGCAAGUGUCGCCGACGAUAUUGAUGACCUGGCUGAUGCGCUAGGCGGGAUGGGUAUCCAGACAAAGCAGUGCGAGAUGUGUUUGAGCGAGCUGAGCAAAAAGGAGGUGGCUGAUGGUCAGUUGCGCUGUACCGACUGUGUACAGAGCCUCGAGAAGGUGAACAACGAGAGCCCCAGCCGAAAAAAGCCGCAAAAGGACCGGCGGAGGAUUAGCGUUGUUGCGGAGGAGAUCAAAAUUGAGAAAAUGGCCAAGCGGAAACCGAAAGGCCGCCGAAUCAUCACAGAUAGCGAUGAUGAGGAGGAAGAUAUGGAGGGCAGCUGGCUGGUACCAGAAGACGAGCGUGGUUCUCUCCGCCUUGGCAAGGCUGGUGAUGAAGAAGACGAGAAUGCUGAAGGCGGCGGCGACGACAUUGGAUCGGAGGAUUCAGAUCACCCUUCGGAGAAUGAGGACGAAAGCCAGCUUGACAGCUUCAUCGUCAACGACGAAGACGCACCAGAAGGGGAUCAGCCCGAAUCCGGCUCUGGCUCGGAAGACGACACCUUCGUAUCAGUAGCUAAGCUCCGCUCACAAGUCGUCUCUGAAGCCGCGCCUGAAUCGCCCAGCGACGACUUAGUCUCGGAAGGCGAGAGCGUCUCCGAAUCGGAAAUCCUCUCUGCUAUAGAUUCCGGCUCGGACUCGGACACUUCGCCGGCCAAGCGUCACCAAAGCCGACACCGCGAUGGAUUCCAGUCCAAAUCCGGGUCCAAGACCAAGUCUACCGCCGACAAUAGUCACCAUAGUGUGAUGGUCUCGGCCAAGAUCCGCGAACUCCUCUCACUCCUGCGCAAAGAGGCCCCUCAGCACAAAUUCAUCGUCUUCUCCCAGUUCACCUCGAUGCUCGACCUAAUUGAACCCUUCCUCCUCUCCCAACCUGGCCUCAAAUUCGUGCGCUACGACGGCAAGAUGGCCAACGACGCGCGCGAGGCCGCGCUCCACGCCCUGCGCACCGACCCGCACACGCGCGUCAUGCUCUGCUCUCUCAAGUGCGGCUCGCUGGGGCUCAACCUGACGGCGGCCACGCGCGUCGUCAUCGUCGAGCCCUUCUGGAACCCCUUUGUUGAGGAGCAGGCCAUUGACCGCGUGCACCGACUGACCCAGACGGUCGACGUGGUCGUGUACAAGCUGACGGUUGCCGACACGGUCGAGGCGCGCAUCCUGGAGCUGCAGGACAAGAAGCGGCGCCUGGCCGAGGCCACCAUUGAGGGCGUCGGCGCUUCCAGAGGCAAGAAGGGCAAGAACCAGAUGAAGCUGGGUCUGCAGGAGAUUUUGGAGCUGUUCAAGCACGACGCGAGACACUCACUUGGCGGCGGCGGGGAUCCGAACGAUCCAGCUAGCAAUCCGGUCGUUAUUAGGGAUGUUGCGGCAAUGGUGAAGAGGGGGAAAGCGAGGAAGGAACAUGACGUCUAUGGCAGGAGGUGGUGAAUCAUGGUUUGUUAUGCGAGUAACAUAUGUUCGGGAUGGGUAGACUGGCCGGUUGGGUUGGGAUAAAUGGGAAUGGGAAUGGGAUUGGAAUGGGAUUGGGAAUGGGAACUGGGAAAGGGCGAAGUGCAAAGGGUGCGGUCUCAACUCCUGGAGUGGGCCGCUGACAUAUACUGAGGCGCAUUCUCUUGUCCGGAUAUUGUGACUGCCUAAUAGAGCUGACUGGUGUCUUGUCCUGAUUCUGUUUUCCUCUUGUGAGUUGUCUACAUGCGCAUCGGUUUAUGUCUCGAGCGGAAUGUGGCAAAUACAGAGCGUCCCUGACAGUCGAUGAAGCAUCGUCCAUGCCGUCUUGCAAUUCCCAAAACGUAG